AUGUGGCUUGUGUUAGGGGGGGUCCUCCUGGCCCUGGGGGCCGUGGUGCUGUGUGUGAAGCAGUGCUGCAGUCGCCCCACAAUCUUCUCCCUGGAGUCCCUGCGGCCCCCCGGGCCCCUGGUCACCGACCGCACGCAGCGCGACACGGUGCUGAAGCAAGGUUUCCAGGCGGGUCGUGUGCCGGAGGGACUGGACGCUGUCGUUAUCGGGAGCGGGAUUGGCGGGCUGACGGCGGCGGCGGUUCUGGCCAAGGCGGGGAAGCGGGUUCUGGUUCUGGAGCAGCACGACCAGGCCGGGGGCUGCUGUCACACCUUCGAGAACGAGGGCUUUGAGUUUGACGUGGGGAUCCACUACCUGGGGCAGCUACAUGAGCACAGCCUGCUGCGGGUGGCGCUGGACCAGCUGAGUGAGGGGCAGCUGAGCUUCGCCCCCCUGGAGCAGCACUACGACACGCUGGUGCUCGGCCUGGGCCACGCCCGCCGCCAGUACCACCUCCACUCCGGCAAGACCAAGAUGGCCGCCAGCCUGAGGAGCCAGUUCCCCAACGACACGCAGGCCGUCGACCAGUUCCUGAAGCUCAUGAAGGUAGCUUCUAGCCACGUGCCCCUCCUGGCUGUGCUGAAGAUGCUGCCUGUGACGUUGGUCCGCUUCCUGAUCUGGGCGGGAGUCCUGGGCUGGGUCUCCCCCAUCUUCCACCUGGCCUCCACCAGCCACACCCACAUGAUGGCCUCCCUCACUCAGAACCAGGACCUGCGUGCGCUGUCUGCCUACCUGUUCUACGGCGUGCCCCCUAAAGACUCCAGUUUCCUCAUGAAUGCUCUGCUGCUGCACCACUACAAGCGUGGGGCCUACUACCCCCGCGGGGGUGCCAGCGAGAUCGCCUUCAACAUCAUCCCCGUCAUCCAGAAGGCAGGGGGCGCUGUGCUGGUGAGGGCGCCAGUGCAGCGCAUCCUGGUGAACCAGGAGGGUGUGGCAUACGGCGUGACGGUGAGAAAGGGGCAGGAGGAGAUCGAGGUGCGGGCCCCAGUGGUCAUCUCCAACGCCGGCAUGUUCAACACCUUCCAGAAGUUCCUGCCCGCGGAUAUCCAGGCCAAACCAGAGAUCCAGUCCCAGCUGAGCUUGGUUCAGCACGGGAUGGGCUCCUUCCUGGUGUUCGUGGGUCUGGAUGGGACGACGGAGGAGCUGGGCAUCGUCUCCACCAACUUCUGGAUGUACAAACACAACGAUCUGGACCUGCUGAUGGAGGAGUACGCCUCUCUGAGCCGGGAGGAAGUGGCCCGGAACAUUCCGAUGAUGUUCAUCACGUUCCCCUCCGCGAAGGACCCUACUGCGGGGGCCCGGCACCCCGGGAAGUCCUGUAUGACCCUGCUCACCAUGGCUCGGUACGAGUGGUUCCAGGAGUGGACGGACACCAGGAUGCAUCGGAGGGGGCCGGAGUAUGAGGAGCUGAAGAUGAGCAUCGCCCGGGCCCUGCUGGACUGGGCCCUGACCCUGUUCCCCCAGCUCAGAGACAAGGUUGUGUUCAUGGAUGCUGCCACUCCUCUCACGAACAUGCACUACCUGGGUGCUCCUCGUGGGGAGAUGUACGGGGCGGAACACAAUCUGGACCGCUUCGCCCCGGAGACUGUGGCCCGAAUCCGGGCCCAAACGCCAAUCAAGAACCUCUACCUCACAGGGCAGGACGUGUUCUGUAACGGGGUGGCGGGGGCGGUGCACGGGGGGCUGCUGUGUGCUUCUGCCGUCCUGCAGCAGAACCUCUACAUCGACCUGCUGGCCCUGAAGAGGAGGCUGAAGAGGACAAAGGCCCAGAAGCAAGCCUGA